CACUUGUUGGGGAAGUGAGGAGCAGAGCUUUGACAAGCUAGCACAGAGAAGUCACAGGGAACACCAUCAGACACAGAGAUGCACCAGCUGCAGAGAGCAAUCUUCACCCUGACAGUGACGAUGGCACUGUGUUGGACACUGGCGAAGGCAGCGGGACUCACAGAGAGCCCUCUCCACUCCACACAACCCACACGAGAGCCCACUCCUUUCUCAUCAGUUGCAGACAGUGAGGAGACGCCUCGAGUCUUGAAGCUGCUGAGACCGUGUUCAGGAGAUGACCAGGGAUUCUGUAUGAAUGGCCAAUGCAGCAUCCACCCUGACCUAAACACGCCCGUCUGUAGCUGUCCCCAGAGUUACACGGGGGAGAGAUGCCAACAUCUGGUUCUGGACUCUCACGGGGUGGCUGACCCUGAGAAACUCAUCGCCAUUGGUGUGGCUGUGGCCCUUCUGCUCUGUGGACUUAUUGGCGCCCUCUACUGCUGUGUGAGGAAGAGGUGCGAGAAACAGAAGCCCUAUCAGAUCCACUCAGAUCUUGCCAUUUGAACUCCUGCACAGAGACAUUGGAGCACAAGCACAUGCAGAGGAAAACCCUCAUGGAAGACAUUUUGUUCCAGUUAUUGGCCAGCUCACAUUUUUACAUUACCCUGGCAGGAAACCAUCCAAGGAAGCUGUCUCCUGGCUGUGCAGAGGGGUU